AUGUGUGAGGAUCUUUUCCAGCUCAUCUACUCCGAAUUCGCUGCUGAACCCAAUGCGGAGUAUGAAGCAUAUCAGCGUGCGUGUCGCUGCGGUGAUCCGGGAACCGAGCGCAUUGAGAAGCUGAUCGGAGCUUGUAAGAGCUUCGCCCCCGGUUCUUGCAAGUUCCUCAUUCUCGACGGAUACGAUCGCAUCAACGAUGCAUUACAGUCGAUUGUCGAUACACACUUAUCCGCUCUGGAACCGAGCGGCUUCAAGGUGAUGAUCACACGAAGAGUUCCAGCGUUCUCUAUGUCCAUCAAUACAUAUUGCGACGAAUGCGAGCGGGAAUACCUUGAGCUCUGGUGGAAAUGUUUACAUUGCAAUGAGUUCGAUCUGUGUUAUGACUGUGAGAAGAAGAAGAGUCUACAGGAACCUCACAUAUGCCCGGUGAAUGGUCUCAAGGAACCCUAUCAGCAUGUCAGCGUCAAAUUGGGUCACUUCAACAUGGAGCGCUUGCUCGAAGAAAGACUGAGCGUGCACUACCGCGAUAUUCACUCCGAGAACACGAUUCGCAUUGUUGAGUAUAUUGAGUCCAAAGCUGGUGGAAACAUAACACUUGCGUUGUUAUAUCUGGAAGAUAUCUUUACCCACGACCAGAUCGCUGCCUUCAGCAAAGAUCGAGUUGACGACAGGCUGCCCAGGGACGUCAUUGCUUAUUUUGACACCGAGAUGAACUUCAUCGAACGCAAAAUGGAACCCGAGCGUCUGCCUCCGCUAUAUGCAAUUGGUGCCGCUGCAGAUUAUUCGCAUGGGAUUUCUCUGGAAGAACUUGAACAGUGUAUACGCCUUGCCCAGAUCACUUGUUCGAGUUUAGAUUAUCCCAGGUCUGUUGAAGACGUCUUUACUGCAGCAAAUGGAUGGCUUACAGAUCUACGCACUGGAGAUCGAAAGGUGGAUAUAUGCUGCAAACCCGCCUUCUCUCUAUACGUGAAAGAGAAGUACAAUGAUUCGCUAGAACGGGCGAGGCACCAUGUCAAAUCUACGGCAAGAGAAAGAUCUGGUGCUACUCCAUUACAUCAGUUCCAAGAGACAUCCUCAUCGGACAAGACACCUGAUCUCUUAGGAAGCACAUUCGACACAUUAGCAAGCGACAGGCCUCCCCCGACACCGCUCAUGAGCCUCGAAGAUGGCCUUCGUAUCCGUGAGCUGGAAGGCACCUUUGGCAAGGCAUCAUUCCUCGACAAGGGCGAAGGGCUAGUCCAAUCGCCGCCUAGGAUCAACAGCGCUGAAUAUGUACCGCAAGCGUCUCAGGGCAUAUCUCCCCGCCAUAAGCCUGAAGGAAAAGUCACGCAACCAAAGCCAGCUCCAGCGCAGUCGCCAGCUUUCCGAUUGCUACCAGGAACCGAUCUGCAUGUACCUGUUCCUGAGGAUUUACAGGGAACAACCGAUCCAGAACGCAGUGGCGGGGAUCAAAUCAACAGAUGGAUGGACACUUGUAUGCACGAUCAUCAAGACUGCAGCAAAGCCUGGCACGACCAGCGAUCCAAGCUCUCCUUCCUACCGACGCGACUUCUGGAUGUUGACACUGGAGAUGACGACAUCAUUCGCUUAGUAGAUACCAAAACAACGAAAGUCAAGGGCCCUUACUGCACGUUGAGCCACGCGUGGGGACCACGAGAGAAACCGUUCAUCACUACCACCGUGUGGAACAUGGCCAAGCAUCUGAUCACAGGCAUCUCCCUGGAUGAACUUCCACGUAACUUCCAACACGCAAUACACGUGACCCGCUUCUUGAAGGUGCGAUAUAUUUGGAUCGAUAGUCUCGCGAUCGUUCAGGAACCUUUCGGUGACUUUGCAAAAGAGGCCGAUCUCAUGCACAGGGUGUAUCGGUACUCGCAUUGCAAUAUCGUUGCAGCAGACUCAAAGGAUGCACACGGCGGCCUUUUCAAGACGCGAAAUCCUCACGAAAUCCUUCCGGUCACAUACCAGGGGACUAAUGCACACCAUAAUCUGGGGGAGAAGGCUUGGACGAUUGUCCCGGCGGACCUUUGGGAGAAAGAACUUCUGAGCUCCGUCAUAUAUGGUCGUGCCUGGGUCUUUCAAGAACGCAUCCUCUCUCCCCGCAUCCUCCAUUUCACAAAGCAUCAGAUCUUCUGGGACUGUGGUACUCUCUCAGCCUGCGAGGUGUUCCCCAAAGGCCUUCCCUUCCCUCUAGACCACAAAGCGAGCACGGACCGACACUGGCGAGGACGGCUGGCCAAAAGCACCAUCUCAUCCAACGCGCUGAUCGGCGUCAACGACAACGAAAGCUCCUACACUUUCUGGAUGUCAGCGGUGCAGAACUACACGGAAUGUGAACUGACGAAUCAAGGCGACAAGACGAUAGCAAUCUGGAGUAUCGCGAAGUUGCUACGCGAUUUCAUGAACGAGCAAUACGCUGUGGGCAUGUGGUCUGAGGCGCUGGAGGAGCAAUUGGCUUGGAGAGUGCGAGAUACCAAAUCGUGUAAGAGGAUACCGGAGCUCGAUGUCAAUAUCCCUAGCUGGUCAUGGGCGAGUAUCAAAGGAUUACAGAUCACGUUGGAGCUGCCGUCAGAUUCACAGUCAAAGAAGAAACCAGGCAAGGCGAUAAGGAGCCCAUAUUAG